AUGUCGGACUUCAAAGCACCAACUGUACCAGGCGCAGACGACAAGUUGGCCUCUGCCCAGGAUGCCUUCGCCAGUAGCAGCGGAGGCGUCGACCAUCAGACCUCGGAUGACGAUUUCAAUCUCGGAGGUGACGAAGAGACCUUUGGUGAAGGCGGUCCGAGCCAUUCGAAUCAGAAGAGGCCCUUGAAAGCUCCACCUGCUGGCGAUGCACUGAUCAAAGUGCAGCCUCUGAAGAAGGCAGACAUGCAGCCGUCUUACGCUCAGGACCUGGGCUUGCAAGACGUCGAGCACGGUUUCUACGGCUCCAUGAUCAAUGGGCUCGGAGCAUGCGCCGGCUUCUUCGGCCAGCUGCCUUGCUGCUUCUGCUUCCCCAACCCUUUCAAGGAGGUCAAUCAAGGAAGCGUUGGACUCGUCUCGCGCUUCGGUCAAUUCUACAGGAGUGUCGACCCAGGACUAGUCGCCAUCAACCCUUGUUCUGAAAGUGAGUCAAUCAGCCCCCAAAUCCUCGUACGAGACAUCGGAUUACUUACACGCGAAUGCCGGAUCGUUGUCUGUCAGCUUUGCGCAUUGUCGAUGUCAAAAUCAACCUGAGUGUGCUGCCUCGUCAGACGGUCAUGACCAAAGACAACGUGACCAUCGACAUUGAAGCAGUCUGCUACUGGCACGUCACCUCCCCAUACCGCGCCGCAUUCGGCGUCGGCGACGUUCGAGCUGCCCUCAUUGAGAGGGCGCAGUCCACUCUGCGGGAUGUCGUGGGUAGCCGAACCCUUCAAGCUCUCAUUACCGACCGCGAAGGUGUGGCUGUGCAAGUCGAAGAGAUCGUAGCUGGCGUUGCUGAAAAGUGGGGUGUCUCGGUAGAGGCUAUCCUGAUCAGAGACUUGCUCUUCAGCAAAGAUCUCGAGGCCUCGCUCAGCUCCGCCGCCACGCAGCGCAGAAUCGGUGAAUCCAAGGUUGUCGCUGCUCGCGCCGAAGUGCAGAGCGCCAAGCUCAUGAGACAGGCAGCAGACGUGCUUGGUAAGUCACUGUAGCAGCCCGCGAGCAUCGCUAGGUCCCCACUGACCACCGUUCUUGCCUCACCGUUCGCUCCCAGCUACUCCUGCUGCUAUGCAGAUCCGCCAGCUCGAAUCUUUGCAGGCCAUGGCCAAGACAAGUGGAGCGAAGACAAUCUUUGUGCCCAUGAACUUGAUGGGCGGCGAGUCGGCCAUGUCCAACUUGGCCACGACGCAGCAGCUGUCCAGCAUCUAA